CCGGAGCGCGCGCCGUAUAGCAAUGCCCUAGCUCCUGACGCGCCGUACAAUGCGGAGCAGCAGUUCGGAACUGCUCCUCGAAGAACAGGAAGAGCUCCGCAAGCGGAAGAUCCAGGAGCUGCAGGCGGCGAAGAAGGCGCGCGCCGCCGGCGGGCAAACCUGUCGCGAGAAAGCGCUCUUCUACAGCACCAGCGUCCUCGCAGUGGUGGCGAUGUCCGCCGGCUCAUCGCUGCUCUUCCUCGUGCCGUUAUACGUCGACCCGGCCAUCUCAACACUCACCGCCAACUUUGUCCCCGAACCCGUCACCUGUAUCACCACCCGGCGGGACGAACUCGCUGGUCUCGCGAACUGCUCCUGGAGUUCCUGUCGUGAGGGAUGUACGAGUGACGCGUAUCAUUGUACACACAUUUACGUCAGCUACAAUGAUACAGAGAGUGCGAAUCAGACGGACGACGCUGUCCUUCUGGUGAAUAUCAAAGGGUGCGGUUAUCCACCAACGGUACUCUGCUCCAACUUCACCGAGCAGUACGGUACCGAAGGCACGGAGUUCCCGUGUUACCACUCAAGAGAAAACCGCACCGUGGUGCUGACACACUAUGAAAGAGAUGAGCAGGUGGCGAUUAUUGUGCACUUCUUUGCGGUGCCAUUUGUGAUCACGCUGGCAACAUCAAUCGCGCUGUGUGUUAUGCACUGCGAUUGCAGAUGUCACUCGACUGGCGGCAGACAUGGCCGACACAAACGCUCGCGCCGGCCUAGAAUUCAUCAGGAUCUCAGCGAUGGGUCCAUCAGCACCGGCGUGGACCUACAUCACACGUGCAGUCAUCACUCGGACCUCAUGGCGAUCCGACCCAUGUAGGGUAACGAAAACACCACAUUCAUUCUUAUCUCAUGCGUUGCGCAUGCGCACUAGUUGAAUUCCGGUUAUGUCUGGUAAUCGCGUUCGUGAUAGAUUUUUUACUCGUUUCGAUUCGGUUCCUACGAUUAUUCAGUUACUCUCAUUGAUUGUACAAAAUGUAAAUGUUGAUAUUGAUAUAAACAAAUGAUUUGCGUGCGAAUCAAAAGCGUAGAAAGCGUGUGCUUUUGAUUAUAAUAUAAACAAAAUUAACGUAGGAGAAAAAAAAAACGCGCGGAUGAUACCACGACGCUUUAUUUGUCUAUACAGAAACGUAGAAGUUGAAAACCUAACCAAACACAUGAAGAGUAAAAACCAAAUGAGGAGUUAUUAUGACAGAGAAUCAAAAACUGAUAAUUUACAACAAAAACUACACAAAGAAACAGCAAUGUCGGCGGUUCUCUCACACUUUGUAAUCGAUUUUUGUAUGAUGAUUGUAUUUCUGUACAUUUCGUACGCCGUGUAUCUUGUAUAGUCGUUUACAAUGGUGUAAGUGUAGUAUGGGUGUCUGAAUCAGUCAUUGUCGUGUUUUUUCGUUGUUAUUAAUCAAUUUUCGGUGAAAUUAAAUCAUAAAACGGUAAAAAUCA